UUUUCUAGAACACGUCGGAGGCAUCCUGUCGCUUCACUUCCCGUGUGUGUCAAUGUAGUCGUUGUUUAUAUUUGUGUCGUUCGUGUCAUUAACCUCGGGCGGCGUCGAUCGGCGUACGUUACGUGAACUGAUUCAGUCCGCACCGAUUCCAGCGAAUUCAGGUCAACGAUUGGAUUCGAUUGUCGCCGUCAACACUACCAACAUCUUGCAUCGGUUGCGGAGUGCUUCGUGAGUCAUGGCUACGGCUGAGCGUCCCAACGCAAUACACGGUAAGCGGCUUCUCGCCCGAGUACGACUGGAGGCCGAUCGAGUUUGAAGAGCCCGUGGACGCCGAUAAGAUCUGCGCGUCAUGUCGAGUGUUGUCGAGGGGUACGGCACUGUUGGGAUGCUCGCACGCGCUCUGCGAGCCGUGCUACAUGGCGUCGCUGGAAAGCGGACAGCGCUGUCCGAUCGACGAUGCUUCGUACGUCGAAGGUGAGGUCCAGUGGCUCUCCACGGCACCGAGGGAACUUGAGGGCAUGCGCGUCAAAUGCUGGAACGCCAAGCACGGCUGCCCGUUCGUGGCGACACUGAGCGACCUCCCUGCUCACUACUACCAGAAGUGUCAAUUCCACGCAGUCUCCUGCGACCGCUGUCAUGCCGAAGUUCCGAGGUCCGGCAUGCGCGACCACCGAGACGCUUGCAGGAAGCAUGACGUCAAGCUGGAGUCUCAAGAAAACGGCGGAGCCGCCGAGGCGUCCGGCAUACUGAAGCCGGCCGGCGACUCUGAGAAGAUUCCGUCACUUUCCCUCGCCGAGGUCGCGGACUUCCAGUACAGCCUGGAGACGAAACUCAACUCGCUCGUCGAGCACGUUCACAGCAGGGAGGUCUCCGGCGUCAGCAAGUCCGAACUGGUGACCACUGCGGUCAGUCUCCUGCGUUCAGUCGGCUUGCUGUCCCUCUCGGCGACUUGGCGACCGCGGGGUCUAGCCGUACUGGUCAGCAGGGUUCGCUACUUCACCAGACAGGUUCCAGAGUACGCGGAAGAAGUUUACAGCGCGCCUUCGAACGUCUGCGGCUACUCCCUGAGGCUCGGCGUCCGCUGCGAGCGCAAGCUGGUCUCGCCGGCAAAGUCAGCUAACGACAACGCGGAGAGGAAGGAAGACCUCGUGCUGAGGUUCAAGGUCCAGCUAUGUCCGGCCCCCACCAACUCUGCGCUGCAGUGGCCCUUCCGCAAGUCUCUAACCUUCUCGGUAAUGCAUCCGCAGGAUUCGACAAAGGAGGUCCGCUUCUUCCUCAACACGUCCAUGAUGUCGAGCGAGCCGUCUUUCCAGAUGCCCGCCUCCGCUGACAACCCUCCUUUCACGGUCGGCGGUCCUCUUCAUGUCAGUGCACUCGCUGGGUGCCAGUUCUGGAGCUACGGUACCUUGCAGCUGCGACUCAGCAUGACUCUCUCAUCUGGUGGACAGCAUGAGGGAAGUGACGAGUGAGACAGUUUACGCAGCAGCUGAGACAUGUCCAACUUGUAAUGUAAUCAGUUGACCUUGUCAUAGAGGCCCACUCUUUCCUAUAUAUAUAUAUAUA